AUGCCACAAUCUCUUGUUCAGGAAGGGAAAUACGGGGAUCCCCCGCGAACCGUAUGUGAACUAGCUGCUUGGUUCGAUGGAAAGACAAAGGGAAGGUUAAAACCAGAGGUUUUGACAUGGGAUGGGAAGAUUGCAAAAGUACCCAUGAACGAGUCGGGUGACAUCUGGUAG